GGGCAGGGGAGCCACGUCUAAGAGAUUGAUUGUUUGGAAAUGCAUGCGUUCUCUCCUCCUCCCUUUUGGAGCAACACGAGGUGGAAGAGAGCACCUCACCCUUGAGGUUGCAACUGAAACCCAAAGAUUUUGGGUUUCCUGGGGGGUCUCUACCAGGGACUAGAAAGCAGUAGAAUUGGCAUUGGCCGGGGAACGGCUUGGGAAUCACCCCGGUUAUUUCCAGCAGCAGUUUUUCAAGGGUGUGUCGGGCUAAUCUGAAGGCGAUGGAAUUCUUUCCGCUUCUCACUGAUAACUGGCCGAGCAUGGCUGGCUUUUUCUUUUUUUUUAACCCUCCCCCGCCCCUGUCUCGCUGUGGGUGAGAAUGAGGCGGGAGCACUAAAGUGUGAAAUUAGGGGAGUGAUCGCGGCGGUCCCGGCUGGAGUCACCGAGGUGAGCGAGGCUGAUGAACGCUGCUGCCGCUGCCAUUCGCUUUGGAGGAAUGGAGCCGAAUCAGCCAGAGAGCCCAUUCGGGUUUUCUGAAAAUACACGGUUGUGGACUCAACCGUCUACCUUGAGUAGAGCGUGAAUUGCCAAAUUUGAAUCCCUCUUCCGAACCUAUGACAAGGAUAUCACCUUCCAGUAUUUUAAGAGCUUCAAACGAGUCCGAAUAAACUUCAGCAACCCCCUGUCGGCGGCAGAUGCCCGAAUCCAGCUGCACAAGACUGAAUUUCUCGGGAAAGAGAUGAAGUUGUAUUUUGCUCAGACUCUGCACAUAGGGAGCGCCCACCUGGCCCCGCCCAAUCCAGACAAGCAGUUCCUGAUCUCUCCCCCUGCCUCUCCUCCUGUGGGCUGGAAGCAAGUGGAGGACGCCACGCCCGUCAUCAAUUAUGACCUCUUGUAUGCCAUCUCCAAGCUGGGCCCAGGGGAGAAGUACGAACUGCACGCGGCCACCGACACCACCCCCAGCGUGGUGGUACACGUGUGCGAGAGCGACCAGGAGGACGACGAGGAUGACGAGGACGAGGAAGGCAUGAAGAGACCCAAGCCAAAAAUCAUCCAGACCCGGCGGCCCGACUACACCCCGAUCCACCUCAGCUGAACGGACGCCCGGCCGGGCCGCGUUCUGAACCGCCGGGCUCGGGCGAGAUCCAUUUUCCCCGGGAGCGGCCUGCCCCCGGACAAGCCGGCGGCCGCGGUGGGAGUCGGAGCUGAGACUCCACUUCCCGCUCGGCCGCUACGUUGUCGUCAGCCCCAGUCGCGAGGGGAAACUUCCCAGAGCCCCCGGAACGGCCACGGGGGUGGGGGGAGACAUCCAGGAAGGAAUCGAGAAAUCCGAAAAUAGUGUCUUGUCUUUCCUUUCUUAGUUCCUUUUGGGGUGGGGUGCUCUGUUCUUUCAGAGGAGCGGGCCUGGGUGGGGAGAGUUCGCCGUUCGACCGGGCCAGGGGUUCUGGCUGAAGUCGUCGGCUCGGAGAGCUUCCGAGAGCUGACCGUGGGGGAAUCGUCAAGUGUCUCUUUUUCUAACGUUUUAUUGUUUUGUGCAUGUACGUUACUGAUUCGGGAGUCAAACUUUUGCGUCAUCGUCUGUAGGGCUUCACGGUCCUCGCUUUACAUUCUGGGGGAGCUGAGAAAGGUUUCAGUUAUUUAUUGCCUAUCCAGAUCCAAGCGCCUCCAGCCGGAGCGCGGCAGAACAACCUUUACGGAUCAGGUUAUUAGGCGCGAUACGGACUUUGCGCUAGUCAAAAGAAGUGGAUCUGGAUUACAACCGUCGGGUUGUAGCUUGCAGAGCUGUGGAAAGAACAGGUUGGGGUUUUUUGUUGUUGCGGUUCUGUUUUUCAGUUUUACAGGUAAGGUGGGUAUAUUGAAUUUUCUCCACCGACACACAAAAAUCCUCUCACACCUGUCAACGCAAACCAAUUCCGCACGUCCACAGCGGUGUCCGCUGAGGCGAGAGGCCGGUCCCCGGAAGGCCCCGAGGGCCCCAGGCAGUGGGCGAUGCUGCCCAAGUUUCACCAGGGGAUCGAACUCAGAAACGGGGGCACAGAUUUUGAGUCGGGGGGGUGGCAGUGCAUUCUGCUGCUACUCCCCCCUGAGACCGUGGGCAACUAGACACGUGUGUGCUUUUAUCCUGGCGGCCAACUGUCCAACUGUGUCGGAUAACUCUCCAACACGGGCACGUCUUUCAGAGAUGCCCACCACCCAGAGACGGCACAGGCCAAAGAGGUCCACGGGGCUGGUUUUCUUUAAGAACAGACAAGCCUGCAUCCUUCUCUUCAAUUGCCAUUAUCUGGAAAAUGGUCACCUAACUCUUGGUAGCCUGUUUACAGCAUGGGGGUGGGGGAAGGGGAUGACUGUGCCCAGCUGUUCAAGUGUUUCUAGUUAUCAGCUUUUCAACUGGAGAACCUAACUUCAAAAUAUUUUUUUUAACUACAUUCUCUAAUAAAUUGGUACAACAUGCUAUUUGUGGAA